GUCGUGAGAGUGAAAGAAAUGCCAAAUCGAGUGGAGUUGCUGUGCCACAAAGGAUUAAAACUGAGUUCAUCGUACAGAGAGAGAGAGAGAGAGAGAGAGAGAGAGAGAGAGAGAGAGAGAGAGAGAGAGAGAGAGAGAGAGAGAGAGAGAGAGAGAGAGAGAGAGAGAGAGAGAGAAAAAAAAACUCGAAGUGAAAGCCUGAGUGAGAGGUGUAAAGGCAGCGAGGAGAAACGAAAGGGAAAAGAGGGCAGAACAAAUACUAGAAACUAAGCACGAGUUGCACUCGCAGCUAG